AUGAACGAGAGCCAUCAUCCCCUCGAAACGACCGUGGCCUGAAGACUACAGAGAGGACCGAGAGGUUGUGUGAGUGGGGGGAUUGUUUGUGAAUGGGACGAAAAAUGGAAUGGGCAGGGCGGGCGAACCACAUGGGAGGGAUUCCGAGAAAGCUGGUGUUCAUGGCGGUGGGUGCGUUCGCCAAGGCCGUUGCCACUCUUCUCAACUCCACCUCCGUCCACAACGCCGAUACCCUCAUUCGCCUUGUCCGAUCCCGACCGCCUGGGGUCCCCCUCCUCACUGUCAGCAAUCACAUGUCCACGUUGGACGAUCCGCUCAUGUGGGGAUUCAAGGGUUUUCCCUUGUUCGACGUAAAACUGGCUCGAUGGGUACUCGCUGCCGAGGACAUUUGCUUUAAGAAUGCGCUGCUUUCCUAUUUCUUCCGACUUGGGAAAUGCAUACCUAUAACAAGGGGUGCUGGGAUUUAUCAAGAACACAUGAACGAAGCUCUUGAUCGCUUAAGUGAUGGAGCAUGGCUGCAUACGUUUCCAGAGGGAAAAGUGUCCCAAGAAGAUGGACCUAUAAGACGAUUAAAAUGGGGAACUGCUAGUCUCAUUGUUCGUGCCCCUGUAACCCCAAUAGUUUUGCCAAUUGUCCAUCAUGGCUUUGAAGAGGUCAUGCCCGAGAAAUUUUUAGGUGGUGGAAGGCCUCCUUUUCCACUAUGUAAUAAGAAUAUUAACAUAAUUGUUGGCGAGCCAAUAGAAUUUGACCUCCCCAAAAUGAGGCAGACGGCUAUAUCUAUGUCUCGCAAUUUGUCACUUCCUACUGCAGGAUGGCACGGCGCUUCCCCUAAUGGAAUGGAUGAGGGAGCGCAGAGAUGUCUCUAUGCUACAAUUUCCGAGCAAAUCCAUACUGUCAUGGAGAGCCUAAGAAGUUUCUCUAGAAGUUUUCUGAAAUCAAAGGCGUAAAAUCUAUGCAUUUUUUGAAGAAGUGGAAAGUCUGGCUGUGUAUUUCUAUUGUGAAGCAGGCAGUAGGACAAUCAGAUUUUAACCAUAUUGAAUUAGUUUGUAAUGGUGAGCAUUUUUGGGCAAUGAAUCAUAAAAUGUAAAACAAAACCUCGUGAUCAACAUGAGGAAUGCAUUUGUUAAUUCGAAGAAUUAUGAAAUUUCUUCUCU